UCUCUUCUUCCCCCUUUAGAUUUUUUAUUUUUUUCUUCUCUUUUACUAGCCUUUCUAUUUUUAAUCUCAGGGAGAGGGAAGCCAAAAGCAUAACCAAAAUCGGAUUUUUACCUCUCCAAUUCAACCAUGGCUAUCUCUAGCUGCUCCACGGUGUUUCCCUCGUUCGAGUGCCGCUCGGAUCCGGACUUUUCGGGCCGGGUUCCGCGUCACGAGUGCCCCGGCGCCGGCCUGCGCCCUAACUCACUGAGUCAGGGAUCUAGAGGCUACGGUCUGUCUUCUCUGAUCCUCAGGUUCCCGCCCAACUUCGUGCGCCAGCUCAGCAUCAAGGCUCGGAGGAACUGCAGCAACAUCGGCGUGGCGCAAAUCGUGGCGGCUUCGUGGUCCAACAACAAGGCCGCCUCUGGCAUCCCCCCGGCGGCUAAGGCACUAGAUGCCGCCGCCGCCGCCAUUUCCCCUCCUGAGGUUUCAAGCCCUGUGGCUGAGGAGGAGGUGGUGUUGGUGGAUAAUGGUAGUUGUAGUGACCCAAAUGUACAGAUUCAGGAUUUGGCCCAUGCCAAUUACGCUUCAUUUUUGAGUUCAGAUGGGAGCGUUGCAGUUCAUGCCGGUGAAAGAUUGGGGCGAGGUAUUGUUACUGAUGCAAUAACAACUCCUGUUGUUAACACGUCUGCUUAUUUCUUCAACAAGACUUCAGAGCUCAUUGAUUUCAAGGAGAAAAGACGUGUAAGUUUUGAAUAUGGCCGCUAUGGGAACCCUACUACUAUUGUUGCAGAAGAGAAGAUAAGUGCGCUGGAGGGAGCUGAAUCAACCUUGUUAAUGGCAUCUGGAAUGUGUGCUAGUACUGUAAUGUUGCUGGCAUUGGUCCCUGCUGGUGGGCAUAUAGUGACAACCACUGAUUGCUAUAGAAAAACCAGGAUAUUCAUAGAGACAGUACUUCCUAAAAUGGGGAUCACGGCUACAGUCAUUGAUCCUGCUGAUAUGGAUGGUCUGGUGUCUGCAUUAAAUAAAAAUAAAGUGAGCCUUUAUUUCACAGAAUCUCCGACAAAUCCAUUGUUCAGAUGUGUUGACAUUGAGCUGGUUUCAAGGCUUUGCCAUGAAAAAGGUGCCUUGGUUUGCAUAGAUGGAACAUUUGCUACUCCUCUCAACCAAAAGGCCUUAGCUCUCGGUGCUGACCUUGUUCUGCAUUCCGCAACAAAAUUCAUUGGGGGACAUAAUGAUGUACUGGCAGGAUGCAUUAGUGGACCUGAAAAGUUGGUUUCAGUUGUUCGUAACUUGCAUCAUAUCCUGGGCGGUACUCUUAAUCCUAAUGCUGCAUAUCUUAUCAUCCGAGGCAUGAAAACGCUGCAUCUUCGUGUACAGCAACAAAACUCAACAGCAUUGAGGAUGGCCGAAGUUUUAGAGGCCCAUCCAAAGGUGAGACGUGUCUAUUAUCCUGGCUUGCCAAGCCAUCCGGAACAUCACAUUGCAAAGAAGCAAAUGACUGGGUUUGGUGGUGUUGUCAGUUUUGAGAUUGAUGGGGACCUGAUGACCACUGCAAAAUUUGUGGACGCACUGAAAAUUCCAUACAUUGCCCCAUCCUUUGGUGGAUGUGAGAGCAUCGUGGACCAGCCCGCAAUUAUGUCUUAUUGGGAUCUUACUCAGGCAGAAAGGGCGGCGUAUGGAAUCAUGGACAACUUGGUUCGAUUCAGCUUCGGGGUGGAGGACUUUGAAGACGUGAAAGCUGAUGUUCUUCAGGCUCUAGAGACCAUAUAGGGCGUCUGACCUUGCAAUUUGUUCUUCCCCUUUCCGUGCUUUUCCCAUUUCUGUUUUAGUCAUUCUAGUUGGUUUGCUUGUUUCUUUUACUUAGAUUGUUGAAUUCGCACUUUGUUCGCCGUUCCCAAUUCGAUCAAAUGUUAUCUGCUUCCUCUUU